CCGGGGUGAGCCGACUGCGCCGCCGUCACCGCCGCCGCGCCGACUUUGCCCUUUAAAUCGGUCUCCAAGCCGAUUACAGCUGAUCUCCCACGUGACGUUUUACCUUCUGUCUCCUGGAGCGAGUUGCCCGAGGGCAGUCCUCCUCGGGCUGCCGCGAGUCGCGCCGCCCCAGCCCGCCGCGGGGCUCCGGCUCCGGCAACUUUGGGCGAAGCAGCGGCGGGCCGGGGCGCCCUCUCGGGGCCACUUUUCCACGCGGGCGUCGGGGGCUCCCCGGGCUUCGCUCGGCCGGGAGGGCGGCGGUCGCGGCCGAGAACUUGCCCUGGCCGCAGCCAAGCGCCCCCUCGGACCCGCGCGGCGCCGCGCCCCGAAGGCCGGCCGGGUGCCCUGCGCGCUGCGUCAGACAAGGGGGCGCCCUUCGCCAGCCGGGACCCGAGCGGGCGCGCCCUGGGGCGAGCCGGCCUGGAGAUGGCUGCGAGGCACGGGUGAGCCCCCUGCGCCCUCACCAUGCAGAAGAGCGUGCGCUACAACGAGGGGCACGCCCUGUACCUGGCCUUCCUGGCCCGCAAGGAGGGCACCAAACGCGGCUUCCUGAGCAAGAAGGCAGCCGAGGCGAGUCGCUGGCACGAGAAGUGGUUCGCUCUCUACCAGAAUGUGCUCUUCUACUUCGAGGGCGAACAGAGCGGCCGCCCGGCGGGCAUGUACCUCCUGGAGGGCUGCAGCUGCGAGCGGGCGCCCGCGCCGCCCAGGGCCGGGGUCGGGCCAGGCGGCGCCCGGGACGCGCUGGACAAGCAGUAUUACUUUACUGUUCUCUUUGGCCAUGAAGGUCAGAAAGCUCUGGAGCUGCGCUGUGAGGAGGAGCAGGAUGGUAGAGAGUGGAUGGAGGCCAUUCACCAAGCCAGUUACGCAGACAUUCUGAUUGAGAGGGAAGUGUUAAUGCAGAAGUAUAUUCAUCUAGUUCAGAUCGUAGAAACAGAAAAAAUUGCAGCUAACCAGCUCCGGCAUCAACUUGAAGAUCAAGAUACAGAAAUUGAAAGACUUAAAUCAGAGAUUAUUGCUCUUAAUAAAACCAAGGAACGAAUGCGGCCUUACCAAAGCAAUCAAGAAGAUGAGGAUCCAGACAUCAAGAAGAUUAAAAAGGUUCAGAGCUUCAUGAGAGGAUGGUUGUGUAGAAGGAAAUGGAAGACUAUUGUGCAGGAUUACAUUUGUUCUCCUCACGCUGAAAGUAUGAGGAAGAGAAACCAGAUUGUGUUCACCAUGGUUGAAGCCGAGUCGGAGUACGUUCACCAGCUCUACAUCCUGGUCAAUGGCUUCCUCCGGCCCCUGAGAAUGGCGGCCAGCUCCAAGAAGCCUCCCAUCAGCCAUGAUGAUGUCAGCAGCAUUUUUCUCAACAGUGAAACGAUCAUGUUUCUUCAUGAAAUAUUUCACCAAGGACUGAAGGCAAGGAUAGCAAACUGGCCUACUCUAAUUUUAGCUGAUCUGUUCGAUAUUUUGCUCCCCAUGUUGAACAUUUAUCAAGAAUUUGUGCGUAAUCACCAGUACAGCCUCCAAGUGCUUGCCAAUUGUAAGCAAAACAGAGAUUUUGACAAACUCUUAAAACAGUAUGAAGCCAACCCUGCCUGUGAGGGGAGGAUGCUGGAAACGUUCCUGACCUAUCCAAUGUUUCAGAUCCCCAGGUAUAUCAUCACACUUCAUGAACUCCUAGCUCAUACACCCCAUGAGCAUGUGGAAAGGAAAAGUCUGGAGUUUGCUAAAUCGAAACUAGAGGAACUGUCCAGGAUAAUGCACGAUGAAGUGAGUGACACUGAAAACAUAAGGAAGAACCUUGCCAUAGAAAGAAUGAUCGUAGAGGGCUGUGAUAUUUUGCUGGACACCAGCCAGACUUUCAUCCGCCAAGGUUCUCUUAUUCAAGUACCUUCUGUUGAGAGGGGGAAACUUAGUAAAGUUCGCCUGGGUUCAUUGUCUUUGAAAAAGGAAGGAGAAAGACAGUGCUUCUUAUUUACAAAACACUUUUUAAUUUGUACGAGAAGCUCAGGAGGAAAGCUCCAUCUGCUCAAGACAGGUGGGGUUCUCUCUCUAAUAGAAUGUACGUUGAUUGAGGAGCCCGAUGCGAGUGAUGAUGACUCCAAAGGUUCUGGGCAAGUGUUUGGACACCUGGAUUUUAAAAUAGUAGUGGAGCCUCCUGAUUCUGCCCCUUUCACUGUAGUCUUGUUAGCACCUUCACGCCAGGAGAAAGCUGCCUGGACGAGUGACAUAAGUCAGUGUGUGGACAAUAUACGGUGUAAUGGUUUAAUGACUAUAGUAUUUGAAGAGAAUUCCAAGGUUACUGUGCCACAUAUGAUUAAGUCUGAUGCCCGUCUUCAUAAAGAUGACACCGACAUUUGCUUCAGUAAAACACUGAACUCCUGCAAAGUGCCCCAGAUCCGCUAUGCCAGUGUGGAGCGCCUCCUGGAGCGGCUGACAGACUUGCGGUUUCUCAGUAUCGAUUUCCUCAACACCUUUCUGCACACCUAUCGUAUUUUCACUACGGCAGCUGUGGUGCUGGCCAAACUUUCCGACAUAUACAAGAGGCCUUUUACCUCCAUCCCUGUCAGGUCAUUAGAAUUGUUUUUUGCCACCAGCCAGAACAAUAGAGGUGAACAUUUGGUGGAUGGCAAAUCCCCACGCUUGUGUCGCAAAUUCUCUUCCCCACCACCGCUGGCUGUGUCCAGGACGUCCUCCCCAGUGAGGGCCAGAAAGCUGUCCUUGACUUCUCCGUUGAACUCAAGGAUAGGAGCGUUGGACCUGACUACCUGCUCAGCGUCCAGCAGUCCUACCACCACCCACAGCCCUGCUGCAUCCCCGCCACCGCACACUGGCAAAGUACCGUUGGAUCUUAGCAGAGGCCUUCCUUCUCCAGAACAAAGCCCGGGAUCUAUAGAGGAGCCUGUAGAUAACCCCCGCGUGGAUCUGUGUAACAAGCUAAAACGAAGUAUUCAAAGAGCUGUCCUAGAGUCUGCACCCGUGGACCGAGCAGGAAUGGAAAGCUCUCCGGUGGCGGACAGCACGGACCUUUCACCUUGCCGGUCACCCUCCACUCCUCAGCACCUUCGUUAUCGUCAGCCUGUAGGACAGACGGCUGACAACUCCCACUGCUCUGUUUCGCCGGCGUCUGCUUUUGCCAUUGCCACAGCAGCGGCAGGACACGGAAGUCCACCAGGAUUUAACAACACUGAGAGGACAUGCGACAAAGAGUUUAUUAUUCGGAGAACAGCCACCAAUCGAGUCCUGAAUGUCCUCCGUCACUGGGUCUCAAAGCACGCACAGGAUUUUGAACUCAACAAUGAACUAAAGAUGAAUGUCCUCAAUUUACUAGAAGAAGUUUGCGAGGACCCAGACCUUCUUCCCCAGGAAAGGAAAGCCACGGCGAAUAUCCUGAGGGCCCUUUCACAAGACGAUCAAGAUGACAUCCACCUAAAAUUAGAGGAUAUAAUUCAACUGACAGACUGUCCGAAGGCUGAGUGCUUUGAGACCUUGUCAGCCAUGGAGCUGGCCGAGCAGAUCACCCUCCUGGACCACAUCGUCUUCAGAAGCAUUCCCUAUGAAGAAUUUCUUGGGCAGGGGUGGAUGAAGCUGGAUAAAAAUGAAAGAACACCUUACAUUAAAACCAGCCAACACUUCAAUGAUAUGAGUAACCUGGUGGCGUCCCAGAUAAUGAAUUAUGCCGAUGUCAGCUCCCGCACCGUCGCGAUAGAGAAGUGGGUGGCCGUGGCGGACAUUUGCCGAUGCCUGCACAACUACAAUGGCGUCCUGGAGAUCACCUCAGCCUUAAACAGAAGUGCCAUCUACAGGCUGAAGAAAACCUGGGCCAAGGUGUCCAAGCAGACGAAAGCUCUCAUGGACAAGCUUCAGAAGACUGUUUCAUCUGAAGGAAGAUUUAAAAAUCUCAGAGAAACCCUUAAAAACUGUAACCCCCCAGCUGUUCCUUAUCUGGGGAUGUACCUGACGGACCUGGCGUUUAUUGAAGAGGGAACACCAAACUUUACCGAGGAAGGCCUUGUUAAUUUCUCCAAGAUGAGAAUGAUAUCACACAUCAUCAGAGAGAUACGCCAAUUCCAGCAGACUUGCUAUCGAAUAGACCAUCAGCCAAAGGUCACUCAGUACCUGCUUGACAAAGCCCUCAUCAUAGAUGAAGAUACGCUGUAUGAACUGUCACUAAAAAUUGAACCUCGGCUCCCUGCUUGAAGGUCCGGCUUUGCCCCUGAGUCUGUAGGAUUCUCAUGGAAAGCGGGACGGACAGAACUGUGCAUGCCAUGCUUCCCACAGUGCCGAGAGGAUGGGGGACGGAGCCAAAGCCAGUCUCCUCCGUGCACCAAAGAAGAUGGAACGGACCUGGAAUUCUGUCUCCAGCCAGGGAAGCCCAGCUGUUUGGGGUCAAAGACAGAUGCUUUCAGACUUGGGGUGGGAAGGCGAAAACAUUGAUACUUGGUAGAGCUGAUGGUGUGUUUUUCAUAAGGGAAGGUCAUAGAUGAGGUGCAGGUAGCCAUUUUAAGGAAGCAGGUAAGAAGGUCGAUUUCAAAGUCUGCCCGUGCUCUGUUAGAACUCGUGGACGAGGAGAGUGGAAAAGGCCUGAGCUGUUUGUCUGGCACCGCACUGGCCUGGGUACACCAACCAGUCUUCUCUUAGGGUUUAUAACUGCCUCUGUCAUAUUUUCUGUAUUACAAGCUUCCAGAAAAGCUGAGGCUUCCUCUGUAGGGAUGGGCCACCACAUGAGCAAUUUCAGUCUACAGCAUGUGCAUGGUUUUUAGUGCAUUCUAACUAUUUACGCUGGAGGAAUGGCAUGUUCUGAAACUGCUUUUUUGGUCUUUGGGCAACAGGGCAAGAAAGACAUGAUGACACCCAUGUGAACGUAACUUUUUUAAAAGUGAACACUCAGUAGGCUUUGCCCCAGGGGAUUCCAGCCAGGGGCUGUCUUCAGGUGAGGUAGGGGCUUCUCCCUGAGGCUGUGGGGCCUGAGAAGCCAGUGCCCUCAAAGAGGCAGGUGCAGAGUUUGUGGAGAGGUGCCUGCACACCUCACCCACAGAACUGUGGAAUGGGACGGAAGGCCACAAAAGGCCACGGGCUUUUAGGCUGAGUGACCAGACAUACUUAAAAGUCAUCUCUGCACCUUGCUGGGCUCCUUCCCCUCCAUUCUCCCCACAGGAGUGUGGGAUUUUUUUUUUCUGAUUUACACAAACCAUUUUUACGCUCACUAUGAAUACUGGUUGUAUUUUUUAAAACGUUGUUUAAUGGGAUUUUCUUUUUAAAACCCACACGUCUGUGUGCUGUUGGUAGACAGUUCUUCCCCGGUCAUCUUUGUUUUUAAAUAUUGGGAUAUUUAUGAGUGCAAAUAUUCUACAUGUAUGGGAGAUGGGACCAACCACUCAACAGCUCCUCUCUCCGAAGACUAAAUGCAGGGUUAGGCCUGCUACCCUGUGCUGGGGAAGUGACCUUAUUUUUCCCAGGAUCGAUGGUUGUUGAAGAAAUAGGGCUAACUCACGUUUACCUCCCUCUUCUCUUCUCAGGGAGAGCUCUGUUUUAAAAGAAGAAAGAGGAAAAAUACAGAAUUAUUGUUACCUGAGCCUAUUGCGCCUGAUGAUUUCUCCUAGAGGCAUGAAGUAUAUUGAUGCUGACAUUGAAAAAAUUGAUCUGUCUAGCUGUUUUCCCUCCUUCUUUGCACUUUAAUUAUCUUGUUAGAACUAACGGCUGACUAAUAAAUUCAGCUUGCUGGCUCAUAAGGCCCAGUGGAAGCACUUGCGUUGAUAAUAUACCAUAGAGGUGGAGAAUGUACAUUUUUCCUGCAUGGUAAGGGCCAUCUCUGUACAUAACUAUAUAGUGAAAUACCAAGUAAGUAAAAGAAAAUAUUUAUAAUAUUUGAAGACCAUUCCAAAACUAUUUUCAAUAGGUCAUAUUAGCCAACAGUGUAGCACUAAACCCAAGGAGGGUUACUUAUGAAUGCUUUCUUUUUCUUUUUUUAAGAAGUUGCUUGUUUGUUCUCUUUAGUUUCAAGUAAGAGGUUGAUGCAUUUUAAUGCAUGAUAAGAAGCAUGGGUUGUUUGGAUCCUAACGAUGCAUAACUCACAAUUUAUUUCUCAGUGUUCACAUACUGAGGGUUUGAACUAAUAUAUGUCAACUUCACCAAGCACCUCAAGGUACUGCCGAAGAAAAGGAAAAUAAAGCUUAACUUUCUUGGCUCAAAAACAUAGUCUUGGAAGGUGGACUAAAACCAGGAAAAAUCAGUGACAGGACCACACACAUAGUAGUUUCAGGCAAAACAACAUGUGGACAGGUCCAUGCGCUCUGCUUUGAAGUCUGCAAAGUCUUCCAGAGGGGAAGAGGUCAUUCGGUGUGUGGACCCUUAUUUCUCUAACCCAAAUAUUCCCAGAGGCACUGCAGCCCUUCUUACUAAAGAAAAAUGAGAGAGAGAGGAAUUUCCAAAUGCUCCUCCCCUUCUGGAGAGCCAGGGUUUCCUCAACUAGUGACAAAGCUGUGUCGCCUAUUUCCUGCAGAAUGUUGGAAGCGCCCCCGCAGUGGUCGGCUACGGCACCGUUAGUUGCUAUGGUGACCCUUAGCGUUUUCUUGAGUUACAUGCCCCUCCUGCUACUAGAGUCUGAAACCUUGCUUUAACUGCAAAAAGAGAGAACUCGACCUCCAAGGGAGCUCCUUUUGAUUUGCACCACUUCUGGACCGUCUGGGAUAACAAUGUGCAUUUUUAAAAAGCUCAAUUUAGUCACAUUUAAAAAAUUGCCAAGAGCAAUUUGUAGUGCUUCUGAUUGUUAAAGCACCCAUCCUCUUCUGCCUUUCAAGUUUGUAUUUAUUGUUGGGGUGUGCACUCCCAGCUGUGUCUGCCCUUAUUCCAUUAUAUGAGACCCACUUCUAAGAGCAGAAGGCAGGCCAGCGCCUAACAACCAAAUAGCAAACACUUGUUAUUAUUGCAAAAUUAACCUAGAAAAUCAGAAGUAAAAGCCAAUUUCAUGCUUUCAGAUGAAUGCCCAUAUUAUGUACUGUCCAUGAAAUUAUCUUGGGACUUUUAGGGGAUGCCUUUGGUUAUUAACAUCCAGUUUUGCUGCAGGGACAAAUCUCUUACUUAAGCCAACAUAUUAUGUGACAGGUUUAGGCAUGAAGUGGAGUGUUGUCACUUUUCCUUAGUGUUUCUCUGAAGGAAUUUAAAGAGAGAAUUUUAAACUACGGUUGCAAUAUUUCAAGUGGCUCUCCCACAAAGCCCCCAUUAAUGUUUGUUAGAUUUCAUACAUCUUAAAGUACUGCUUAAAAACAAAUGAAACUCAUAGAUACUGAAUAACUUAGAAGAGAAAAAACUGUUACAUUCCCAUUUGGAGUAUAUGAUGAUGGGUUAGCACCUCUUCUCUCACUAUACAAGACAAAACCUUGGGUCAACAAUGACUGGGCCACUUUUUAAAUUCUUAACUAAAAAAGUAAUGCAAUAGAGGGGUUAUUCCCCCCUCCAGAAUAACUUUUAUUUUAAAAUAAAGGAUUUUAUUUAGCUUUUCUUUGCAAAGUUUGAUUUUAUUGCCCCUGAAAAAAUAAUCUUUCUCUUUGCUUUAAAGAUUUUUUUUUAAUCCAACCUGUGAAAUUUAUCAUUUUUACUGCUAUUGAAAUAGGAUAUACUAUAUAUGGGAUAUAUAUUACAUGGUAGAAUAAAUUAUAUAUUAUUUAUGGCUAAAGAAUAGAGCCAGGCUAAUGUCCACAGCCAGAAAUAAUACAUGAACGUGGUUCUUCUUCAUUUCAGUAAGACAGCCGAUUGUAAAUGUAGAUAAUGACUUGAUUACAGAUGCCACUAUGUGAAUCCUGAUACUGACUUGAGUCAAUGAAAUCUAAUCACAGCAUCAUUUUUUUUUCCAUGGCUGUGAGUGACUUAAAAUCAAGACAGGGCAGAGCUGGAGUAGAAAACAACCAUUUGGUUGUAGGUAUAAACACAGGGAUGACUGAGAAAAUUAUUCAUCUUGGCCACCACACAGCCUGACAUUAACGUUAGGGUUGAUUGUACUUGAUCUCAUCUGCCCAAGAAAGAGAAGAGUUCUCCUGGAUGUUGAACCACUGUCUUUUGCACAGCCCAUUUCGUUUUUUCCCUAGAAAGGUGGUUGUGGAAGAGCCGGCCGAGGUGCCCUGGCCCUGAGCCCAAGGCCCGAUUGUCCAUCUGCGAGCUGGGAAACCUGAGGCCAGUGCUAAAGCCUCCUUGAGCCGGUUCUCUCAUCUGCAAAAUGGAACUAAUCUUGAUUCCUGUGCUGCCUACCUCACAGGGCUGUCUUCAGGACAAAAUGGGUUAGGUUGUAAACUGUAAAGUGCUGUCCCAAUGUGAGGUAGCGUGAUUACCAUCCUAAUCUCUCUUUGGCAGAGAAUUAUUUAAAUGUAUUUCUUUGUUGUGUGUGUGUGUGUGUGUGUGUGUGUGUGUGUGUGUGUGUGUGUGUGUGGGACAGACCUGUGUGUUACUUUGAGAAGUAUAAUGUUUGUGUCCAGUAACUUUGCAAAUCUGACAUUUGUGACUCUGACAGAGGGGUGGGUUUGUGCCAUGGCCUAACACUUGCCAGGUGGGGUGUGGUUUAUACCCAUAUGCAAAUUAAAUUUUGCCUUUCUUGG